UUCGGCAAGAACACAUCUACAAACAAAAAUGUCUGAAAACAACACUAAGAACUCUUAUUUAAAUAUUCUGACUGAAAUUGGAUCAAGUGGUACUCAACUACAAAUCUUUGUUGGCGAAGAUGCUUCGGCUUUUGAUGAAUGGUCAAUAAGGUUUAAGGACUAUGUAGAGGUAUUUGGUACUAAUUGGAAUGAGGUUGAAAAAUUAAAUAGACUAAAACUUUACCUAGGUAAGACAGCAAGAAAUAUUUUUGAAAAUUUAGCGCCUACGGGGAAAAAUACAUUGCAAAAUGCCUUAAUAAAUAUUAGAUCCAAACUAGAUAGACCGCAUAUUCGUGAGUUAAAUUACAGGAAAUUAGCUGCCUGCUAUCAGAGGAAAGGGGAAUCUGUAGAUGAGUUCAUUAAACGAUUAAUUCCUCUUGUAAAUUCGACAUCUUCUAAUGUCACAAAAGAGGCCGGAAUUUCAAAGGUCUUUACAAUUAGUUGCACCCUUGAUUGGAAGGAAAUGCUUUGA